AUGGAUAAUGAAUUAUUUAAAAGAGUUUUAUUUGGAAUCCAACCAAUUAGAAGUAUUAUUUUUAAUCACAUUAAUAAUAACUUUGGUUUAAUAGAUGUUUAUAAAAAGAAACUUUCUCUUGAAAAGUAUAAACAUGAUCAUUGGUCAAAUCCAAAGGAUAUGUUAGAACAUCAUCAUUUUAGAUUAUUAUUGGAAAAGAUUAAAAAAGAAGAAGUGAAAAUUAAUCCCAAAUUAGUAUCACUACUCUGUGAAAAAAUAGAUGAUUUAGACAUUUUCAACUCAUUUUAUCAUCUAUGGAAAAAUCAAGUUUCGACUCCCUCUCACGAACUAAUAACCAAGAUAAUUGGAAAAGGUAAUGUGGAGAUACUUCACAUUUUUAAAAAUCAUCUUUUUGGCCAGUCCGAGGAUCGUUUAGAGGAAUAUAUGUACCAAGCUUUUAUAAAUGGAAAUGUUUCUAUAGUCUAUUAUCUUUGGAAGAAUGGCGUGCCAAUCAACUACAUAGGAAUAUGUGAGAGAAACCAGAGUCGUUCAAUUGGAGUACCAUACAUUGUAAAUCUUUGGCUUAGUGAUAGUGCAUAUGGUUUUAAGAGAAUGCGAGAAAUGUAUAGUGUUGACAAUCAAUCGGAUUUCUUUACAAAUCUGUUGACAGAGUUUUCCAAUAAUAAACCGUACUGGUAUGACUUUUUAGUUCUUGGAGUUCCUUCGAUGUGGAAUCUUAAGAAUUAUAAAGAUGCCAGCCAAUGGAAAUCUACUCAGUUCGACCCAACUAUGCUUGAGAGACAUCCGAUAGCUAUUCGUAUUCAACUUGUGGAGACUGUUUUGCAUACCAAAGGAUUUGAUGGUCUAAGACAUAGACUGAUUGAAAGAGAGUUAGAAUUGACAACUCACAUGACAAUUAAUGAUUCAUUUGACUUUCUACAUAAUGACAUGGGUUGUAUGCCAUCUUUGGUGUACAGCAAGAUCAUCCUCUAUUCAGACUUUGAUCCACUAUCUAUUCAUCCUGCUCUAUUUGAUGAACAAUAUCCAAUGGUGAUAGUGGAGAUAUUAAGGGAUGAGAACUUUAACUCUGUUAAAGCCACAGAGGUAAUUCAGAUGUACAAUCCCGAGAGACCAAUUGACCAACAUACAAAUCUCCAAUGUUCAACACCAGAUUCAUUGAGGUUCGCCUUGCUCAAAUAUAAAUACCUACAAACUGUAUUUAGACAUUUCACUUUGUUUGGUUUGGAAAAUCUUUUAAUCAUUGGGCUCGAAUGGAUUCUAAAAAUCGAUCAUGUCAUUCUUGGGGAGAUAUUCUGUCCUCGGGUAUUUUAUACCUCGGAUAUUUAUGGCGAUCUUGGUCAUUUGAUUGUCGAAGUAGUCUCCAAACUCAAAUUAUCAAAUCAAUUGGACCAAGGAAAUAAUAUAUACACCCACAAUCACUAUUUUUAUCUAUCAGAAUUUGCCAAACAAUUUAGAAAUCCAAUCAGGGUUAGUGUUUCUACAGAGGAACUAUCCUAUUCAAGCUCUGAUCAAAUCUGCCAACUCUUAAAGAAACUAGAAAGUGGUGAAAUGAUUAAAAUAGAACCUAGAGAAUGGGAAUCAUUGAAUAAUAAUAAUGAAAAUAAUAAUAAUAAUAAUAAUAAUAAUAAUAAUAAUAAUAAUAAUGACAAUAAUAAUAACAGUAAUAAUAAUAAUGACAAUAAUAAUAAUAAUAAUAAUGACAAUAAUAAUAACUGUAAUAAUAAUAACUGUGAUCAGUUUAUGGAUGCAUGUGCAUGA